AUGAGAAGUGUCCGUUGUUGGUUAAAACUAGAAAGGCACCUAUCAGAAGUGUCUGAUGCAGCAGAAACGAGAAAGACCGCCAAUCAGAAGUGCCCGGUGUCAGUAAAAACUAAAAAGACCGCCAAUAAGAAGUGCCCGAUGUCAGUUAAAACUAAAAAGACCGCCAAUAAGAAGUGCCCAGUCUCAGUUAAAACUAAAAAGACCGCCAAUCAGAAGUGUCCGGUGUCAGUAAAAACUAAAAAGACCGCCAAUCAGAAGUGUCCGGUGUCAGUAAAAACUAAAAAGACCGCCAAUCAGAAGUGUCCGGUGUCAGUAAAAACUAGAAAGACCGCCAAUCAGAAGUGUCCGGUGUCAGUAAAAACUAGAAAGACCGCCAAUCAGAAGUGUCCGGUGUCAGUAAAAACUAGAAAGACCGCCAAUCAGAAGUGUCCGGUGUCAGUAAAAACAAGAAAGACCGCCAAUCAGAAGUGUCCGGUGUCAGUUAAAACUAAAAAGACCGCCAAUAAGAAGUGUCCGGUGUCAGUAAAAACUAGAAAGACCGCCAAUCAGAAGUGUCCAGUCUCAGUAAAAACUAGAAAGACCGCCAAUCAGUAG